CUGCCGUUGCCCCGUAAUCACGUGGCCGCCUGGCCCUGGCCCUGGCCGGGAAGUGAGAAGUGGUCCCAAGGCAGGCACGAGCCUCUCCUCUUCUCGCUCUUCGUUUCCGUUGAUUCUCCUUCGAGGUCACAAGAUAUAGAGCAGAGAACAAACCAGAAGAAGAAGAAGAAAGUCGGCAGCUUUGCAAUUGAAGAUAGCUUGUCAAGGCCAUGAUAUUAUAGUCUGUACGCGAACCAGAACCGGGUCGAACAAGAAGGAAGGAAAAAAGAAGAAAUUCUCAUGUCGAGACUAUCGCUGAUUCAACGGAUUACACCAUUUUUCGCCGCUCGGAUUCGGCAGAAUCACCGGCUUCUAAGUUCUUCUUCCUCCUCUGCGCUCCGCCAAGCUCCCUCUGCCGCUCCAUCCCUCGAAGAAUCUCUGCACCUGACCGAAAAUUGCAUCCGGAGAAUGAAAGAACUGCAAGCCAGUGAGAGAUCAACAGAGGAGAAAAUGCUGCGCUUGGGAGUAGAAACCGGUGGAUGUUCAGGAUUCCAAUAUGUUUUUGACUUGGACGAUAAGUUGAACCCUGAUGACAGAGUAUUUGAGAAGGAAGGAGUGAAACUAGUUGUUGAUAAUAUAUCUUACGAUUUCGUUAAAGGGGCAACCGUAGAUUAUGUUGAAGAGCUCAUCCGAUCUGCAUUUCAAGUAAGCAUUCCUUCUGUAAAGUGUGUGUUAUGCUCAAUUUUUCAUUUGUACGUCUUCAUUCUUGUUGUUGUUCAUUGUGGACGAUUUACGUAG